AUGACAACCGUUUCUGCUCACAUUUCCACCGAGAUAAUUUCACAGUUAAAUCAAGUUCUUUCAAAUUUAGCCUCAAAUGAUAAUACAUUACGUUCAGCCGCCGAACAGCAAUUGAAUGAACAGUGGAUAGCCCAACAGCCUGAUUUAUUAUUACUUUCACUUGCACAGCUUGGAAGAACUCACGAAGCGACACAUAGCCGUUCUUUCUCGUUCGUAUUAUUGCGGAGAAUCGCCUUCAAACAAGCCCCAAAUCAGGCCUCAAAGUCGGAAGAAACAAGCAUAUGGGAUGUUCUCCAGGAAGCAAGUAGAGAAGCGAUCAAAAAUGAUUUGUUAAUGUCAUUAUCGGUUGAGCAGGAAAAUACAGUGCGUCAUAAAGUCUGUGAUGCUGUUUCUGAGGUGGCUAAGAAUUCUUUCCUGAAAGGACAUAAAUGGAACGAGCUUCUUCCUGCUCUUUUUGAAGCAAGUAAAUCCAGUUCUGUCGAACAUAGAGAAGCCGCUUUUCGUAUUUUCUCGGCCGUGCCCAAUUUAAUAACGGAUCAACCUAUUUACAUUUUGAAACAAGUUUUCUCUGUCAACUUGCAAGAUGCUAACAGUCCUGCUGUUCGUAUGGCGGCACUUAAAGCAGCUGUUGCUUUCAUAUUAGAAACAGAUCCAUCGAAUCGUAAUUCUUUUGCCGAACUAAUGUCGUUGAUGCUUGAGGUGCUUACCCCUCUUGCAUUACAACGUGAUGAAGAUGGUCUAGUUGAUGGAAUAAUGGUGUUUAUCGAACUGGGGGAAAAUUUGCCAAGAGUCUUCCGUCCAGUCCUUCCUAAUGUUAUAUCCUUUGCAAUUAAUAUAAUGAAAGAUAAAACACUGGAAGACGGAACUCGUCAAACUGCUCUCGAACUUUUACUCACAUUGUCCGAAGCGUCUCCAUCGAUGAUGCGUAAAACGCAAGAUUUCUGUAUACAAGUUAUCCCAAUAGCGUUAGAAAUGAUGACCGAAUUGGAUGAUUCUGAAGACUGGUACACGACAGAUGAUAUCGAAGAUGACGACAAUGAUGAAAAUUACGUUAUCGGAGAACAUGCUAUGGAUCGAUUAGCGCGUUACCUAGGUGGCAAAGCAGUUUUGCCUGUUACUUUUCAAUAUAUUCCUAACAUGUUAGGUUCUACCAAAUGGGAGCAAAGGCAUGCCGCCUUGAUGGCAAUCUCAGCCAUCGGAGAAGGCUGUGUAAAAAUUAUGGAAGCUGAACUUGGAAAGAUCAUAGAAUUUGUGUUACCUUAUUUACGUGAUCCACAUCCUCGUGUACGUUAUGCGGCUUGCAACGCAAUUGGUCAAAUGUCAACUGAUUUCCAAGACUCAUUACAGAAAAACUAUCAUCAACCUGUUCUCUCAAAUCUAAUUCCUGUAAUGGAUGCACCGGAACCAAGGGUACAAGCGCAUGCUGCUGCUGCUUUAGUUAACUUUUGUGAGGCUUCCAACAAAUCAAUACUUGAACCAUAUUUGGAUACCAUUUUCGAUAGACUCCUCGUUCUUUUAAAUUCAGGGAGAACAUAUGUUCAAGAACAAGCUAUAACAACUAUAGCUACUGUUGCAGAUAGUGCAGAAGAUCGAUUUGUGAAGUAUUAUAGUUCAAUAAUGCCUUUGUUGAUCAAUGUUUUGAGAAAUGCUCACCAAAAAGAAUUCCGUCUUUUAAGAGGCAAAGCAAUGGAGUGCGCUAGUCUUAUUGCUUUGGCUGUUGGUAAAGAUAUAUUUGCAGCAAAUGCCAAUGAAUUUAUUGAAUUACUUGCUCAGACACAGCAAACUGUCAAUGAGCCUGAUGAUCCACAAAUUUCGUAUCUUAUUGCAUGUUGGGCCAGAGUUUGCAAAGUUCUUGAAACUGACUUUGUGCCUUAUUUACCAAUUGUUAUGCCUCCGCUUCUGCAGUCCGCUCAAUUAAAACCAGACUUCGCGAUACUGGAUCCUGAUGAAGAUGUCGAAUCAAAAUAUUCCGCGGAAGAUGGGUGGGAGUUUGUAGGUGUUGAAGGACAGCAAAUUGGUAUUAAAACUACGGUUCUAGAAGAAAAAUGUACUGCUGUAGAAAUGCUAAUUUGUUACGCCCGAGAACUUGGUGCUGCGUUUCAACCAUACGUAGAAAGUGUUUUGGAAAUUGUUCUUCCUCUUCUGAAAUUUUACUUCCAUGAUGGCGUACGACAUGCUGCUGCUGCUACCAUACCACAUCUUUUGAGUUCUGCAAAAAAGGGAGGCGCAACUCAAGAAUAUCUUAUGAAUAUGUGGCAUAGAAUUGCUGAAAAAGUUAUAGAAGUAAUUUCAAAUGAAGCUGAUCCAACAUUUUUAUGGCAACUCUAUGUGACUUUUUAUGAAUCAUUGGAGACGGCUGGUAAUAAUAGUUUGACGCCUAAUGAACUGGAAAAUUUCACAAAAGCCACAGAGUCGCAACUUCAAGAUUACUAUUCAAGACUCAAACAGCGAGAUCAAGCCAGGCAAAGUGGUGAUUAUGAUGCAGAAGAUGAAGACAUUAUCUUGGAAGAAGAAGCGACCGAAGAAGGCGUACUUGGCGAACUCUCCAAAGCAUUGCAUGUUAUUCUCAAGACACAUCGAAAUGCAUAUCUCUUAUAUUUCGAUAAAUUGCUCCCCAUAGUCACAACCUUUUUAGCACAUUCGAAUUCUGCUGCAAGACAAUGGGCAUUAUGCGUUAUUGAUGAUGUGGUUGAAUUUACAGGUCCAGCUUCUUGGAAUUAUAAAGAUCAUUUCUUAGAAAAGAUGAUUGCCUCUCUAUUGGAUCCAGCAUCCGAUGUUCGACAAGCUGCAGCUUAUGGUGUUGGCGUUUGUGCACAAUUUGGCGGUGAAAAUUACGCCGAUGCUAUUGCUGCCUCCUUAAGUUCACUAUUUCAAAUCGUAAAUUCAAGUGACUCCCGCAUAGACGAGAAUGUAUAUGCAACAGAAAACGCCAUAUCUGCAAUUACAAAAAUACUAAAAUUCAAUAGUAGUAAAUGUGAUGUGAAUUUG